AUGGCUCGUCGACAGCAUUUGACGCUGACCUUCAUUUUGGUCCUCGGGGCCUUCUUCACCUUGUCCUAUUUCUUCUCCGGACCCUCGCGCAAUGUUCUUCUUCCUAAGUUCCAGAGCAAUGUUGAACUGCCCCUGAAGGAAGCCCCUCGAUCAGAGUUCGCCGCUGACCUCGGCGCUUUGCCUGAGGGACUUCUCGGUGGUAACUCUAUUGCGCCCAAGCUCGAGAACGCGACGUUGAAGGCUGAGCUCGGCCACGCGACGUGGAAGUUCCUCCACACGAUGAUGGCACGAUUCCCCGACAAGCCGACAAAGGACGAUCGCAUGGCUCUCGAAACUUUCAUGCACCUUUUCGCCCGACUCUACCCUUGCGGCCAGUGCGCGGCGCAUUUCCAGAAGCUGCUCGCCCAAUACCCUCCUCAAACGAGCAGUCGCAACGCAGCCGCUGGAUGGCUAUGUUUUGCCCACAACAUUGUUAAUGAAAAGCUUCAUAAACCUCAAUUUGACUGCGAGAAUAUUGGCGAUUUUUACGACUGCGGCUGUGGUGAUAAGGACAAGAAGGAGGGCACAGCGGCUGUAGAGAGUGUCAAGGGCGAGGAACCUGACCAGGAGCUACACAAGGAUUAA